AUGACUACCAAACAACAUGGUUCCAUCGAUGCGUGGAGCAACCUUCCCCACCCAAACUUUUUGAAAUAUGUUCCAGAGGCUGGCCGACUCUUGCAACUAUCUAAAACAUCUUUACCGACGGAGGGUCUCACGAUCGAACAGACCGUUCAACUGAUAGAUAAAGCUGGCGUAGAUAAAAUAUGUUUAAAUGCUUGGUAUAGACCUGGAAGGGCGGUUAUCACUAAUGACAUGGUAGGCGAAUGGGUGCAAAAGCGUCCCGACAGAUUUAUUGGAAUAGCUAGCGUCAAUUUGCUUGACCCAGUUGGUGCUGUGAAAGAAUUGGAUAGAGCCGUCAACGUACUAGGUUUCAAGGGUCUUCGAAUUGUUCCGUGGUUGUGGAAUCUUCCACCAAACGACAAGCAUUACUAUCCUCUCUAUGUAAAGUGUAUCGAACUUGAUAUCCCUUUCUUCACUCAAAUUGGCCAUACGGGUCCAUUAUGUCCUUCUGAAACAGGCAGACCUAUUCCCUAUAUUGAUGAAGUUGCGAUAACGUUUCCUCAACUGAAAAUUGUCGGAGGUCAUGUCGGUUAUCCUUGGACAAACGAAAUGAUUAGUGUUUGUUGGAAGCAUCCUAAUGUUUAUGUUGAUACUUCCGCCUGGCUUCCUCGAUACUAUCCCCCAGAACUUGUCCACUAUAUGAAGACUUACGGACAGGAUAAAGUUUGUUAUGGUAGUAAUUUUCCCCAACUCAGUUGGAAAGCUACGAUGGAACAAGUGGACGCAUUAGGUUUGAGUUCCGAGAUAAAGGAUAAAUUUUUAUAUGGAAAUAUAGCAAAACUACUCAAACUAGAAAACAAAGCCAAAUUGUAA